AUGCCGUUCUACUUGUUCUCGCUUCCUCCGGAACUCAUCACCCGUAUUCUUCUGCACGCACGCAUCCAGGAUGUCAUCAGAUGUCUUCAAGUCAACACAUCUCUCCGUGAUCUAAUCAGAAACACCUUGAUCUUACAGUAUUCGAUCGAUGCCCACUUCGCUGGCGCAGAAGUACUCAAUGGAACGGACAUUGAUAUUCUCACCGAUACUACCCUGGCUGAGCGCGUUUCGCACCUCAAAGAACGCGAGACGGCGUGGCGCAUCCUACGCCCCGACUUCCGCGAACGAAUCAACGUCCUCCAUACGGCAUCGGGGAUAUACGACCUCUCUGGCGGAAUCUACUUCCUCGGAGAAGCUAUCAGCCAUGACUCGAUGCUGGAUCGCAUGCAGACCGUUGGGCUGCGCUACCUUCGUCUCCCCAAUAAGAUGUUCGAGGAAUCGAAAUGGGAGAGCAUAGAAGUGGAGGCGCCCAUUGUAGACAUCGGGCUCUCAGUCUAUGAACAUGACUUAAUUGCUGUUAUCACUACAUCGACGGAAUCCUCGGUCGAUAUUACAUUCACGCAGAUAUCUACGUCUAAACCACAUCCGCUCGCGAAACAGCCCAAGAUCCGAUGCCAUCAAAUAGCACCAGACUCGGGGCGGCUGGCUAUCAGCAUUGAGAUUGUGGGCAAAUACCUUGCGCUGAUCCUGACAUUCCCCAAUGCUGGCGUGGACGUGGUCGACCGGUUCUUUGUAUACGAGUGGAUGGAGGGCAAGCUGGUGAUCGAUCACCCCGCACCUGCUUCGAGUGUAUAUACGUCGCUAGUGUUCCUUUCCCCGACAGUUCUGGUCGUAGCGAGCACGCAUCCACCUGCGUCGCUCGAUAUCUGGGACCUGGAGCUCGCAUGCUCUGUGCGUUCGCUCCUGCUCCCCACGCUACAGCCGCACAUGGAGUACCGCAGCAUCUCAGCGCGCGGGGAACCCAACCCGUACCUCUCGCAUUCACGGGACACCUCGUUCCAGCCAAAGGUGUUCUACGACCCAAAGGAAUCGAUCGUGGUGUUCAACGUGCACAUCCAGAUCUCUAACGGGCUGUCGUGGCGGAGUGCGUUGGUCGUGGUGCAUCGGCGGGCGCUGCUGGAGGCGGGAAGGCGGGCGGGGGGCGUGGAGAAGGCGGUGCGGUACGCGGAGUGGGGCCAGAAGACGACGAGGUGGAUCCCGGCGUCGGAGUUGUCGACACGGUGGAUUACAACGUCCGCGGGACAGAGGAUGGCGGUGAUACACGAUACGAGGGGCUUUAGGAUGGCUGAUCGGUCGGGCGCGGAAGGGAUACGGAUAUACGAUUUCAAUCCGUUCCAUGUACGGAAGUGGGGCCAAGAGGUGGACGAUGCGAAGGCGAGAUGGGCGGCGGGCGUCGCGGAGCCAAACGCGUACGAGGGAGACGUGAGCGAUCCUUGGGAUGGGUGGGACGAUAACGGCGACACAGACGAUGAGGAGGAGGAGGAGGAGGAGGGCGAUAAUGACUUGUAUGGUCACGAAGACCUUGACGACGAAGACUUUGACGAAGACGCCGUGGAGACUUUGGGGUUUGCGCAGGUGAUGGAUGAGGAAUUGGGCGAUGCGGAGGCACUAGUGGACAUGGUAAAUCAAUUCAUAGCCUCAGCAGAGGAUGGGAGCCCGCCCAUCGAGCCGCCAUUGCAUUUCAAUCUGCCGACGGAUUCUGACUCUGGAGGGGACGAUGAAAUUGGGGAGGGAUCGCUUCAUUCGACCUUGUCGUCACCCAGGUCAACAACAUCGUCCCCCGGACCAUCUACUACACGCGUCCCCCAUCCCCCGUCCGCGCCGGGAUUGCAGAGGAACGAUUCCAAGGCAGUACCGAACAUGCGAAUCGUGACAUCCCCCUCCACGAUAUUCGCCAAUGGCGCCGUUCUGACAUUCGAAGAGCCUGUAGUGUGCGAGCUACCGUGUGUGGUGUAUACGCCCGCGAACCCUGCGUCUUGUGGGGGUCUGACCGGGAUGUACGAGGGUAUGCUGCUGGACGAAGAGAGGAUGCUGGGUUUGAAGACCGACGAGCUUGACAAUAUCGUGGCCAUAGACGUGUUCCACUUCGGCUGA